UCUUUUUGUCUGUAUAUAGUUCGAUGGUGGUCUUAAAUUUAAUUGAACGGUGAUUUUAAUUGAACAGUGAUCAGUAAAGCACACACACAGUAUUUAUUAUUUUUAGUUACAAUGGACGAAGUGUUGCGUAGGCACAGACGUUAUAUCUGCUUACUUCUUUUAAUAUAUAGCAGAAUUCAAAGAACAAAUAAUCAAUGUGCUAUACAAAAACAGAGAAGAUAUUGGGUCCAUCCAAUCCUUCAACGGAAGCAACAGCAAGGAGAUUGGUACAACUUAAUACAAGAAAUGCGAUUUCAAAACGAUGAGACAUUUUUCAGUUACAUGAGAAUGUCAUCAAUUAUGUUUGACUCUGUGUUAGCAAAAGUAGGACCUAAAAUCACGAAAAUGGAAACAAACUGGAGACGUCCAAUCCCAGCCGCAGCAAGAUUGGCAAUGACGUUACGUUAUUUGGCAACUGGAGAUGGAUAUCAAACAAUUGCAUUAUGUUACCGAACUGGCAGAAGUACAACGGCACAAAUAAUAAAAGAGACAUGUGACGCUAUAUGCGAUGGGAUUCUUUUAACGCAGAUGUAUUAUUUACUCCCACACGAAAUGGGUGGCAAAAAAUUUCUGAUGAAUUUAAAGAAAUGUGGAACUUUCCCAAUUGUAUCGGUGCUUUAGACGGGAAACAUAUUUCUAUAAUUUGCCCGGAAAAGAAGGAAGCACGUAUUACAACUAUAAAGGCUUCCAUAGUGUCGUUUUAAUGGCACUUGUUUCUGCCACUUAUAAAUUUUUAAUCGUCGAUAUAGGUGCACAAGGCAGACAUAGCGACGGAGGAAUUUUUAAACAUUCAGCUAUGGGACAAAGAUUUUAUAAUAAUGUAAUGGACUUACCUGAUCCUUCUUCUAUUAGUGCUAGACAUACUGUUCCGUACGUCAUUGUAAGUGAUGAAGCCUUUCAAUUGACUUUAUUUAAUAUGCGUCCGUAUCCAUCAAAAAACUUGACAAUACUACAAAGGAUUUAUAAUUAUCGAC